CCUGAAUCUCCCACCAAAAGUUUACAUAAAAACAACUUAAACAAGAUGGCUGCUAAGUAAAGUAAAUAAGCUUGGUUGCAUCUGAUGAAAACGUCGCUAGUCUUUAGAUCUAUAUAUUACUGAAAAUUUUUAAUACAAUUGUUUAAAACAGGUACAAUAUUUCCCAGGUCACAAGCUGAAAAAAUGAAAGAAUGUUUGACUAAAGCUUGCCAAGCCAUAGCAAUGAAAAGAUGGACAACAAAGUGUUGGCUAACAUCUUUAACCUGUUCAAUACCUACAUGUAUGAGAAAAAUUUCAGGUUCCACAUAUGCUGUAUAUGAUCCUAAAAAAAAAGAGCUGGACUCAAAACACAAACGGUCAGCAGAUAUUAAAGCUCAGCUCAAGUUUGUACAUCCUCAAUCUGAAAUGUCAAUAAUUGCUAAACAGAUCGUGCAGGAUGCUCAAAAAACUAAUAGUCAGCAUAACCUCCAGGUUCUUAGGAAACAAGCAACAGUUGAACAAUUUAGUCAAAAAAUAGAAGGCUUAAAAACUAAUAUGCAAAAAAUAGAAAUGGAAAUUCCGGACAAACCAUUGACUUACUCGUUGAAAGAUGUUGAAUAUGCUGAAAACAAUUGGCUAAAAAAUCUAUCAAAAACUGUUGAAUUUGUUACUUUUGACAAUAAACAAAAAGAUGGGCUGCAAAUAAAACCUAGCCCAUUACUUGGCACAGAAGAUCCUAACAUCCCUCCAAGUAAAGUUCCUUGUGUAGGGUGUGGAGCCCAUCUUCAGUGCCAACACAAUACUUUUCCAGGUUUUUUGCCGAGUGAGUAUUUCAAAAUACACACAGAAAAAGAUCUCAAAUCUACACUCUGUCAGCGGUGCUACUACAUUCGUCACUGUGAAGCUUUCAAGGAAGUUACAACAAACCCAAAAGAAUUUGCCGAAAUUAUCUCAAAAAUUCGACCAACCAAGUCGCUGGUGGUGAUGGUGGUUGAUUUAAUGGACAUCAAUGGAAGUAUUGUACCAAAUCUGAUGCAGUAUAUUGGUUUUCAGCAUGAGGUUAUUGUUGUAGGAAAUAAGGCUGAUCUACUUUGUCCUGAUACUCCUGACUAUCUGGUGAAUGUCACUCACCAGCUCCAAAAAGCCUGUGCAGAUGCAGGUGUCAGCAAAAUUAGGAAAUGUACACUUAUCAGUGCCAAAACUGGAUUUGGUAUUGAGAGGCUCAUAAGCACUCUUUUAACAGCUUACAAGAAAAAAGUUGAUGUUUUUAUAGUGGGAACAGCAAAUGCUGGCAAGUCUUCAUUAUUCAAUGCCUUGUUGGCUUCAGAUUAUUGUAAACACACUGCCAGAGAUCUAAUUGAGCGAGCUACAAUUUCUGUCUGGCCAGGUACCACACUCAAUCUGCUUAAGUUUCCUAUUAUGAGACCUUCAUCACAUAAUUUUACGCUACGUGUCAUAAGGCUAAAGCAAGAGGAAGCAAUGAGGAAAGAAGAGAGAAGAAUAAAACAUUUGACAACAAUGAGUGAGAAAGAGAAAGUUUGGCAGCUGAAAGGUGAUGUUCGAACAACUGAUAUACGUAACAUCAAUCAGAGACAGGCAGAUGAAACAGUUAUUCCAUGGGGUCAAAAUAUUGCAGCCUUAAAAGUGAGAAGUGAUGGAACAGUUAAACUUAUAGAAAGUGAAAAAAAGUCUCAACCUUUUGAGGAGGAGGCUUACAGUGAAAGCUAUUGGACAUACGAUACACCUGGUGUUAUUAACCCAAAUCAGAUCAUCAACAUGCUAACCCCAGAGGAAGCUCCACUUUUAGCACCAGCUCAGAUGCUUGUACCACAGUCUCUGAUUUUCAAACCAGGUGAAACUGUGUUUGUAUCAGGACUUGCUAGAAUGGAUUUUUUAGAGAGUGAUGACAGUGUGCUAUUGACAGUCCACUGUGGACCUAAAAUUCCAAUUCAUGUCAUACCAACGACUGAGGCUGAUGAGUUUUAUGCUAAAAAUGUUGGAACACAUAUCUUAGGGCUUCCUAUUGGCAACAAAGAUCGUCUUCUAAAACUUCCUUCUCUAGUUGGGAAUGAAUUCAGUGUUAAUGGCGUCAAAGAUAAGCUUGCAGUUGCUGAUAUCCAGUUGUCCUCUCUGGGUUGGAUAUCUAUUGCACCUAAUGGUGAGAAGAGUGUGAAAAUGAGGGCGUAUACACCAGGUGGAAUAGGCCUUUUCUUGCGAAUGCCUGCACUCUUGCCAUUUCAUACAAGUUACAAAGGCAAAAGGAUAGCUGGGACGCCAUUUUUUGAAACUAGACCCCCAGGCUGGAUUAUGUCUAAAAAAAAGAUUGAUAUUCCUGCAAUAGUUUAAAUAAACUUUACAAACUUUCA